GAUGGUGGGUGGCGUUUCUCUGCCCUCGCGCAAUAUAUGUAAUUUGUGUCUCGCUGAACCGGAGCACACAGUCCGUCAGUGACAGCCGAGGCUUGACUACCGUAGCGCGCUACUCCAGAGACCAGAGACCAACAACGUCAGAGAGACAGAGAGCGAUCGGAGCGAGAGGGGACAUUGCUUUGAUCAAGCCAAGACAAGCCAAGACAAGGGAUCGCAUCGAACGCAACUGCCACGACAAAACAAAACUUUUUGCUUGUUUGUAUUCGAGGAACUUUUUUUCUUUUUGCGUCUCCACGUGUAAGAAGAAUAAGCGGCAGUAUGAAGUCGGUCUAUCAUCAGGUGUUGAGCCUGCUGUUCGUCCUGCAGAGUCUACAGAUGAGCCAGGUGACAGAGGCGUGCUCCUGCGCCCUGUCGCACCCGCAAGAGGCAUACUGCAACUCCGAUAUAGUGAUCCGUGCCAAGGUCGUGGGCAAGAAGCUAUUGAAGGACGGCCCCUUUGGCACCAUGAGAUACACCAUCAAGCAGAUGAAGAUGUACAAAGGCUUCGAGAAGAUCCACCAUGUGCAGCACAUCUACACCGACGCCUCCGAGAGCCUCUGUGGAGUCAAGUUCGACAUCAACAAAUACCAAUACCUGAUCACAGGUCGUGUGUUCGACGGCAAGGUGUACACGGGCCUGUGUAACUUCAACGAGCGUUGGGAGCGCCUGUCCCUGGCCCAGAAGAAAGGCAUCAACCACCGCUACCAGCUGGGCUGCGGUUGCAGGAUUAAGCCCUGCCACUACCCACCCUGCUUUGUGACCUCCAAGAACGAGUGCCUGUGGACGGACCUGCUGUCCAACUUCGGUUACCCCGGUUACCAGUCGCGGCACUACGCCUGCGUGCAGCAGAAAGAGGGCUAUUGCAGCUGGUACCGGGGCAUGGCCACGCGCGACAACGCCACCGACCCUUAGAGCACUCGUUACCACCCAAUCAGCAUCAGCAUCCUUCCUCCUGCAAUACCCAAUCACAACCCAUGCAGGCAUGGCCACGCGCGACAACGCCACCGACCCUUAGAGCACUCGUUACCAUCCAAUCAGCAUCAUCAUCCUUCCUCCUGCAAUACCCAAUCAGAAUCCAUGCAGUCAAUACGACCCGCCCUCAUCCUCCUGCAACACCCAAUCAGAAUCCAUGCAGUCAAUACAACCCGCCCUCAUCCUCCUGCAACACCCAAUCAGCACCCCUCAUCCCCAUCCUCAUCCUCCCCCUGCAGGCAAUAUGACCCCACCAGUCGGUAAUAGCGCACCAUCGCGGCUGGUAUAGACCCUCCCUGCUCUGCCCUCUGCCUGCUUACGUCACCUGACCUGGUCUAUGUGUGUACCCACCAGUCGGUAAUAGCGCACCAUCGCGGCUGGUAUAGACCCUCCCUGCCCUGCCCUCUGCCUGCUUACGUCACCUGACCUGGACUCCGUUUCUCGAUUCUUGUCGUUGCUAACCGUCUUAAGUCGGUCUUGAGUUGGUCGUAAGUUGCUCUUGAGUUGGUCUUAAGUUGGUCUUCAGUUGGUCUUUAGACGCAAGACCAACUUAAGAACAACUUAAGAACAACUUAAGAACAACUUAAGACCAACUCAAGACCUUGGUUACAACGUUGGUCUUAAGAACGAACAAAAUGGCUAAAGUCGUUAGCAAAGGCACUGUCGAGAAACGACCCCCUGGUCUAUGUGUGUACCCCCACGCUUCCCAAAUUGACCCUACAGCACCUAGCAAUAUCCACUCACCACCUAUCAAUGUCCAACCACAGUAGGGUGAUAAGUGGGAUGUGUGUAUGUUAAUUAACUUUCGAUCCUGCCAACUACGCCAAGUAAGCAGUGCCUGAUUGUCUGCGGUAGUACCACUUGUGAUAGACUAUACUAUAUUUGCAGUCGGUUAUCUGGGCAAUUAGCAACUAUCGCUCAGAAAUCCACAGAUUUUUUUUUUGGGGGGGGGGGGGUACAACCAUUCACAUGGUGUACAGUACUUGGCCCCUUUUUAAUUAACUCCUAAACACUCAACUCGUGACGUCACGCCAACUGCAAGAACAAAUCCGACAUACUGUACAUUGAAUUCACAACAGGCCCCCAUGUCCCUCUGUCUGCAUGCGUAUAUGAUUGCCCAACCCCUCAUUUCCUAUCCAACUCGCGUAGACACACAAACACAGAUACACACACACACACGACAAUGCAAUACACCGUUUGUAGAGGACAAUACUCCCCAAACAUUCCCUACGAUGAACUUCUAUGUGUUUCUGAGCAGAUGUGUAAUGUUAUGUGCAAAUCUAUAAUAACAGGCCACUGUGAGGCCUGACAAAUAUAUUAAGACAAGACACCGUAAACUUCUUAUCCUGUACACACUUCAUACUGUAUGUCAAUACAGUUCCAGUAACCUGGCACAUUAUUGAAAUCAGUGUUAGCCCAGAGGUAGGAUUGUACUGCCCAUUCCUCCACACACACACGCACACACACACACACACACACACACACACACACGCACACACACACGCACGCACACACGCACACACAAAGUGUUUUGUUUAAAAGUCAGAUGAAUUGGUAUUUAAUUGAUAUGAGUUUAUACUGUAUGAGCUUAAUAGACGUGUACAUCUGUCCAAUUAUGUAUUAUGUAAAGUAUUUAUGAUUUAUCAGA